UAGCUGACGCCCCAACUCACUCACUCUCACUCCUACCUCGCCUUCCGCCACCCUCUCUCUCUGCCGCCUUCACUCGCCCUUCGGAAUUACCAAUUCCGGCGCCUCCUUCUCUCUCCAUAAAUUUACCUUCAUUUCUGUUUAUUACUAUUUCAUUCAGCUCAGUCUCUCUUCGGGAUGGGGGACAAUGGUGCUCCUGAUCGCCCUGAGAAUUUCACCGCCGAUUCUCAUCCGAGAUCGCCGUGGAAAACUUCCGCCGCCGCUUCUCCGCCGCCCGGUGCUGAUUCGGAGUCUUGGCCGGCACUAUCCGAUGCGCAGCAGCGAUCCAAGUGUAAUGGGGGUGCCGAUUCUAACCCUCCCAACUCGCCUCCCCCGCCGAUGGAGGCUGGGACCGAUGCUUGUGCUGAUCCCCCAACGCAUUCUGCGCCGGUUACUGUUGAGCCGCAGAAAUUCCAUGGCCGUGGUAACUUAAAAUCUCCCCGAAGACCAUAUGCAACACAUCAUAAUAAAAACGGCCCCAAGCAUGGCCCAAAUAAUAUACCUCCAUUUGCCGUUCCCUUACCUUACCAUCCGCCAACAAUAACCCCAGUUUUCCAUAAUAUGUUUCCAAUUUCACCAACUUCUGUUCCUGGAUACGGUUAUCAGUUUCCCGCCAGACCUUUUCCUAGAGCUGAUGCUCAAAUGCCGAAGUCCGGUACUGAUCCUGCACAGACCUAUGUUCCACCAAUGAAUCUUAAUAUUCAACCUUCAGCGGGUGCUGAUUCAAGUGGCCAGGAUUCUGGUUCUGGUGGAAGAAGGCGUAAUACGAACGAACAAUAUGGACCAACAAAUCCUUCCCGCAACAAUCAACGGGCUGCCUCUAACAACUUCUCUAUGCAACAAAAUGUGGGGCCAAGACAUUUGAUAAGGCAUCCAUAUUUUGGGCCUGCGGGCGUUAUUGACGGGCCAAACUAUCCCGGUCCACCAGGAGCUUUCAUUUACUAUACUGCUGCGCCCCCAGGCUCUGUUAGGAUUCCUUAUCCACCAUUUUUAGUUCCAUAUCCAUUGAGCCCUGGAGUUCCCAUAUCACCCACGCCAAUGAUAACAUUGAGGGCCAGCAUUGUUAAGCAAAUUGAGUAUUAUUUCAGUGAUGAGAAUCUGCAGAAUGAUCCCUACUUGAUCUCCUUGAUGGACAACCAGGGCUGGGUCCCUGUAUCGAGUAUAGCAGGCUUUAAAAGGGUGAAACAAAUGAAUGUAGAGAUACCAUUUAUCAUAGACGCAUUGCAAACAUCGGAGACCGUUGAAGUGCAGGGUGAGAAGAUGAGAAGACGCAAUGAGUGGUCUAAGUGGAUUUCAAAAUCUGUAAACAGUGAGUCUAAAUCCACAGGUGGAAAUUCCAUAAAAAAUGAUAAUCGGAAUGAGAAUAAGAGAGAUAAUCCUGAUGGAACUACUGGGUUGCUUCCUCCAGAUGAAAGCUUAGUGGAUUCUUUGCCAUUGGCUUCAGAUACUCUGGUAAGCACCAUUAAAAGUUCUACAGAACAUAGCAAGGAAAGUGAAGAACAGAGAGUUGCUUUAGGAAACAGUAAUUUGAGAUUAGAGAUCUCUAAGAACAAUGCAAGUGUACAUAGCGGUGGAUCAAAUUUCCAAGCAAAUUCACUAGGAGCUGAUUCUGUGAAGUCAGUCAUAUUCGAAAACAGUGAAAACAAAAAAAUGCAGGCUCUUUCAAAACCAAAAGUAAAGAACUAUGCUGAGUCAUCUGAUGAUUUUUCAAGCACAUUUAUGCUUGAUGAAGAGCUGGAGUUGGAGCGGAAAACGACGGGGCAUGACCAUCCGUCUACUGCUGGAAGGGUUGAUGAUGAAGAUGAGGAAAUCAGUAUUAGUGAUCAAGCUGUUGAGAGGCUUGUAAUUGUCACUCAAAAUAGUCGAAUGAGAGCCGGGGAGAAAUCAAAGCCAUUGUCCAGUGAGCAUGCUUCCGAGAUAAAUGAUGGCCUAUACUAUUAUGAGCAGGAACUGAGCUUAAAAAGGUCAAAUCGUAGACAUAAUCAGCCUAUUAGUGAAGGCAGGGAUGACAACUCCAGAAAUUCUGCUGAAAGUGCUGCCACAUUAAACUCUAGGGUUCUUGAUCAUUCCACAGGAAAAAGCAGCUCCGAGGGGCCUGGACAUUCCUACUCCCGUAAAAAGCAAAAUAAAAUCAACUUGAAGCAACAGCAGCGACUGUCAUAUGGGAAUCUAAAAGGUCAUGUAAGUGGCCGGAACUCUAUGGGAGCGAUAUCUGGAAGUCCGCCUAGUGAUGCAGUUGGUUUUUUCUUUGGUUCGACGCCCCCAGAUAGUCAUGGGUUCAGGCAUUCAAAGUUGAGUGCCUCACCUAAUCUCUCAGGAAGUAGUCCUCCAGUUGGUUCAGUACCAAAGCCAUUUCCUCCAUUUCAGCAUGCAAGCCAUAAACUUCUGGAGGAAAAUGGUUUCAAACAGCAGUUGUACAGUAAAUAUAAAAAACGCUGCCUGAGUGAACGAAAGAAAAUGGGCAUUGGUUGCAGUGAGGAGAUGAACACAUUAUACAGGUUUUGGUGUUUUUUCUUAAGGAACAUGUUUGUCCCUUCCAUGUACAAUGAGUUCCGUAAGCUGGCUCUAGAAGAUGCUGCUGCUGGUUACAAUUACGGAACAGAAUGUCUAUUCCGCUUCUAUAGUUAUGGCUUGGAGAAGGAAUUCAAAGUUGAUCUUUAUGAUGACUUUGAACAGUUAACACUUCAAUUCUACAAAACAGGGAACUUGUAUGGCCUGGAGAAGUACUGGGCAUUUCACCAUUUCCGGGAGGCACGGGACGAGAAAGAGGCAGUGAAGAAGCACCCCGAAUUGGAUAGGCUGCUGAGAGAGGAAUAUCGUAGCAUGGAAGAUUUCAAGCGUGCUAAAGCUAAGAAUGCAACCGUAAAAGAAGGCAACCAUUAAGCCACAUAGGCCGUAUCGACUUGGCAGUUGCAGUGAACUGACAAUGUCACAAAUUUUGAAAGGAGAAUUAUUACAGUCUAUAGAGGUAAAAGCUGAAAUUGGUGGCCCAUUUUUCGGUUAUUGGGUAGUUUUCUACUUUCUUGUACAUAGGAUGUUGACGACAUUCUAGUGUCGCAACAAAGAAUGUCAAAUAUCAGGAUGUUUUUUUCUAUUUUGCUCUUUGGUUUUUGUGAGCUGUAUAUAAGAAUAUUGAUGGAAAAAAAGGUUAAUAAUGACGUGAGCUUUGUAUAA